AUGCGGAGGGUGCAGCGGCAGCUCGAGCUGCUCGCCCGGGUGAGGCAUCUCAACUUGAUGAGCCUCAAGGCCUACGUUCGCGACGCCGACCGGCUCUCGCUGAUCUACGACUUCGUGCCCGGGGGCAGCCUCGAGGACAUGAUGAAGAGAGUGAGGUCGCAGCAGGUGAGCCUCAGCUGGGACACCAGGAACAUGAUUGCGGCCGGGGUGGCCAAGGGACUGCGCCACCUGCACUUCGAGUGCAACCCCAGGAUACUGCAUUGCAACCUCAAUCCGUCCAAUGUGAUGCUGGAGGAAGGCUUCGAACCGGUGCUAGCGGAUUGCGACGUUGCGAGGCUGAUCGAUUCGGGUUCGCCUGAUCCGGAGUCGUCCAGCAGCCUCUACGCCGCUCCAGAGUGCUACCAAAGUAGCAGGUAA